ACACUCACAGAGGGGGAGGCACUGGGGGGCGGGGUGGGGGAAGGCCUGGUCAGCAUCUCCCAGGUCUGUGCUAGGGGCAGCGGCAUCCAAGGACCCAACACAGCAGCUCCCAGUGGCGGGGAAGCCCGAGGCCUGCCAGGCUGUGCCCCCCCCCCCCCUGCGCUAUGCUGCCAGGGUCCCUCUGGGCCACGCAGGCCAGGCUGGACGUGAAGGCCCCACCUCUGAGGCUGCCCGUUCUGCCCAAUGUUGGGGCACCCCAGCUCAGGCCCUCCUCGCCUCUGACCCCUGACCUCCAUCCCUGCCCAGGGCCAGUCUGACUGAGUCACGCCCGGCUCGAAGCAUUCCAGAACAGACGCAGGCAUUUAAUCUGGUUCUCACCCACCUUUCCGUCCCAGUUGCAAAUCAUUCCCCUUUGUGAACGCCACAUUUUAGCCCACUGCCCCGUGGCUGCUCCCCAGGCUCGCCCCCUUCUCCCAUCCCUCCCCAGGGCCUUUGGCCAGGCUGUGCCCCCGGCCCUCCUUCCUCAUCUCGGCCUGGGCCUCUCUUCGAAGCCUUCCCUGAUCUCCCCCAGUGUCAGUGGUCUCUCCCUCCUUUUUUCCUGCAUUUCAUUUCUUCAUCUGCCCCCCGGACCAUAGUCUCUGCCUCGGAGCCCGGGAGGACGCCUUCUGGCCACUGCCUCCCCAGAGCGGGGGGUGAGGCCUGCUACCCAGCAAGGACAUCAGAGGGCUGGGCUGGGCCUGGAAGGACUCAGCGAUCCUUCUGUGUCACCUGGAGAGGGGGAGGCCUCCCGAGAGCCAUGGAGCGAGGCCAGCCUGUGUUCCUCCCCCACAAGGAAGAAGGGAUGGAAUCUCAGUGUUUGCUGUUCACCAAAUACAGCAGGCCAAGCUGGCCCGUGUGUGCGAGAUCAUCCCCCUCCUGGAGUCAACAGCACUUGCUUGCUCUUCCCUCGGUGGAAAAACCAGUCCUUCCCCUUGGAGGAGGCAGCUGCCAACCAGCGCCCGUGGGGUGGGAGGGAGGCCCAAGCUUGGAACUCCAAGGCCAGGCUUCUCUCCCCGAGUUACCUCUGGGCCUCAGUUUCCCCAUUCAUAAAAUGGGGCUACCACACCUGGCUCCCUGGGGUGUAGUGAGAAAAGAGCUUUGUACGUCUUCAGGGCAGGAAGUGGGAUGGCAUGGCUGCCAGGCCUAAGUGGGGUAAGUGAGCAGAGGAACUUCAGAGCAGCUGCCCACCUGGCCCAGCCUCCCCCAAGCAGUCUCUGAGGCCCAGGACCUUCUGUUCUCCCUGCCUCUCAUCCUCCAUCGUUCUUGGCAUCCCCAAAACUGGCCCCCCCUCUGGUUCUUGGGUGAACCCUGGGAAGGUGAAGUCCUGGGCAAGGGCCUGCCCUGGAAGGCCUGAGAGUUCCCCAUCCUGGGUCCCAGGAGUGACAGGGAGCCCCAGGGCCAGACUGGAUCCAAGAUCCAGCACUAGAAGGGACCAGAGAGGCUAUCUUGUCAUGCUGCCUUGUUGACAGAUGGGGAGACUGAGGCCCACGGAGGGGAAGGUCCUGGGAAUCACAGAGCAAGGAGGGCCUCCAAGACCAGCUUGGCUCACUCCCUGGUUUUACAGAUGAGGAAGUGGAGGCCCAGAGAGUUGGAGACUCCUUUCCAGGCCCCCCAUUGGGGGAGAGCAAUGCUAGGGGACGACCGUCAGUCCUUUCCUCCUUCCCACUGCAUGUGGGUGCCUCUCUGCCACCAGCCUCCAGGAACAGCUUAGGAGGCUUGCCCAGAUCUGCCGAGCGCUUUACAUGCACAUCAUGUUUGGCCUCGCCGCGUCCUCGAAUCAGGAAUUAUCAGGAGGGUCGGGUUCAAGGGGGAAGUCCCAGAAUCCCUGAUCCGGGCCUGGGAGAGGAGCCCAGAGGCAUCCACUGAACCGAUGAAGAUGGAAUCCAAAGAGUAAAUAAAAUGAAUAAAAAUGGAAUGAAACAGAGAGCUAAGUCAGUCGUGACUCCUGGAAUCCCUCGGGGUACGUGGCUGCCGCCAUUCUAUUUGACGCUGGCACCUGGCUCCCUCCGUUCUCCCUGGCUUUGCUGCCUCACUCUCCUGCUCACCCAGGGGGCGUCCCCAACCUCUUCUUCUUUCCUCCAAAUUCCCAGGCUUGGGAUAGCACAGUGGAUGGAGAGCUCGGUCUGGAGUCAGGAAGACCUGGGUUCAACUCUGGCCCCAGACACUUCCUAGGUUUGUGACCCUGGGCAAGUCACUUAAAAUAUUCCUAGGGCUCCCCUUCUCUGUAUCCUCUGACAAAAAUCUUUCAUUAGUCACUGAAGAAAUUCCCUACGAGCUCCUCUUCCCCCACUGCCCGCUGCCACCAUCUGUCUUCUCCUGGCUCAUAGAAUGCCAAGGCGAACCCUCCUUGUGCCCAAGCCUCUCCUCCAGCAGCGGCAUCCCCACUCUCCCGGCUCUGGCCGGCUCCCACGGCUUCUCUUGGCCCCUCGGCUCCCUUCGGUGGCUCCCGGGCCCUCUCCGAGGGGCCUCGGCGCUUCCCUUGUCUCGGCGUCUUUCCAACUCUCCAGGCCGACUUCUGCCUCUCCAGAGUCUCUGCGGAUCCCCUUGGCCAGAGCCGCUGUCUGCAGCCACCGUCCCUCGUCUCCUCCUCGGAGCUCUCUGCUUCCGGCACAGCCUUCCUCCCGGAUCUCCUCCUCCUCCGGGCCUUCCAAACGCCUGCCUCAGGGCACCCCGUUCAGCCCACCCAGGGGGAUCAGAGACAAGGCCAGGCUGGGAGUCUCCGGCCCCGUCGGGGCUGCUCCAUUGGGAGACCUGCUUGACGCUCGCAGAGCAGCGCACGGAUGCCGGAGCGUCGAAUCGCCAUCAGUAACUCGAAGGCAGGCGAGGAAACCGAGGCCGGCGGCGGUGAAGGGCCUAACUCAGGCCUUCCUGGCUCCAGGCUCAGCUCCAGCCGGCCGGCCAGCUCCGGUGUGGGACCAGGAAGGCCAGCCUGGGGAUCCCUUUCAGAAACCCUUCGGGCCUGCUUCGUUGCCUCAUUUUCUUCGGCCCGGCCCGGCGGCUUUCCUUUGGGAUCAGGAAGCCCAUGUUUGCCCCAGCGGUCACCACCAAGGCCUGAGUGGGCAUCCGGGCUUCUCGCCCUCCCCCAGGCACCCCCACUCAGGCCCAGCUGGGCUGAGUCACAGGAAGGGGGGAGGAUCAGAGAGCCGGCGUUGGAGGAGGGCCUGGAAGGACGAGGGGGACGGAGCGGCCCCUUCCAGCUCGCACGCAGGGAGGCUGGAACCCAAGGCCGGGCCCCAGGAGCAGAGGGGCUCUCACGCUGGCCCACUGGUGCCCUCGGCGCCCGGCGUGUCCCUCGGAGGAAGUGCUCCUCCCCAGGACCAUCCAUGGACCUGGCCGGACGGACAGUGAGACCCGCCCUGGGGAGCUUCCAGGAAGAGGCGUCCCGUAAGUGUGGUGCCGUCCUGAGCUGCUGACCUGGAGCCCUCCCGGAGCGUCUGCCCUGCGCCCCGAUCCUGCCCCGCGCGGGCCUCGUCCACCCCUCAGUGAAUGCUGGGCAGUGUGGGCGGCCUCCGGGUGGCCACAGCUCCCCUCCCCCCUCCCCGGGGCCAGCGGGGGGGGCCCCGUCUCUGAUGGGCGGAGGGACCCCGACGAAGGCCUGAAAAAGCUGCGCCCACGGCAGCGGGCAGUGCAGGGCGGGAAGCUGCCCAUCCAGCCCACUGCCGGAAGAAGGACAAGGACACCCUUUGCGAGGCCGCAGAGAAAUCAACCCCGUGAAGGUCGUGCCCCUUGCCUGGGAUGCCUGCCCUCCUCAGUGACCCUCCUCAGAAGCCUCAUUCCCGUCCGAAGCUCUACCCAAGUACCUCUGCUUCCAUGAAGCCCUCCCUGACCCCGAGAUGAGAAAACAGAGGCUCCAAGCGGUUAAAGGACCUGCCAGGAAGCUGAUUCAUAGCAGAGGGCAAGAAGCUCCGAGGCUGCUGGGUGCUGCCCAUCACACAGAUGGAAACAUCUGCUGAGGGAGGAGCCCCCUCCCAUCCCCCAUCCCCAACAAGUGAGGCUCCUACUUGGGCUGCAGGUAGGUGAGCGCCUCGGAGAACUGGUUGGUGAGGAAGAGGUCCAGGGCAGUCAUGCAUUCCUCCAAGGCCACGUUCAGGUUGGACCUGGAAGGUCUGUGCCAAAGAGAUGGAGAACAUUGAAAACAGCUGUGAGAUCCUCUCGUCUCCAGGAUCCCAGGAAGACCCCCGUCCUCCCCGGGGCCGCCUGGUCCUCCCCGGCCCCCGGCCUCCUCGGGGGCCUUCUUGUCCCCUCGCCCAGGCCCUUUCCUGGGCCCCCGCCUGCAAUCCUCCAGCACGUGUCCGUCUUUGCUCCGGUGUUCUCCCCCCAUCCAGGCUGAGCUCCCCAAAGCCUGGCUUCUCUCGUGGAUGAAUAGACUGAUCAUUAGGGUAAGCGUGGGCCAAUGAAAAGAGCCUCCGGCCUUUCCCACCUGGGGACCCCUUCUUUGGGCCUUGGUUUCUCCCCUGUUGAGGGCAGGAGGAGGAGCCUCAGCUCCAGGCACACCCUCCAGUAAUUAGGAAGAACAAGCAGAAGAGGAAGUACAGGGAUGGGGAGAGGCCAGCCCUGGAGUCAGGAAGCCCCUAGUUCAAGCGCCACCUCAGACCCUUUCCGGACGGCCAGCCUUGGCUGACUCCCCUCCUGCACCCCAACCAGCCCCGAGCCCAAGUGCUCUGCCUUCGGCACCUCCAGCCUCUCCUGGCCCCAGAGAGCAGCCACAAGGUCACACCUCGAGAGUCAGAGGAAAGAUUCCAACCCAGAUUCUCCUCUGUGCCCUCCGCGCUGGACCACACAAUCCCACCCUGGAAAAGCGUGAAGAGCUCCUGCUUCUGGAGGGCUUUGUGGUUCUCAAAGCACUUUCCCCACCCAACCUUUGGGGAAAGGAAGGCAUCCAUGUCAUGGGUGACGAGGUUCAAGAAGGGCAGACCCUGCCCAGGGUCACCCAGGUAGGAAGUGCCAAAGUCUGAGACCCCACACGGAGGGCAUCUCUCCCUCCUCAUGGGGGGGUCUGGGAAGCUCAGGUGAGAGGAGGGAUGUGGGGGCUCCUUCCUGCAUCUAUGGCCUUGGACAAAUCCCUUCUGCUCCCUUCCGUACCUCAAGGGCCUCGAAGGCUCCUUGUAGCUCCAACAGCUUAAAACUAAGAAAUUCAGGCAAACGGAUACAAACGUAGAGACCAACACCAGGUCCUCACACUGAAUGGCACAAGGAGAGGAUGGAGAGCCAUGGCUAGACAACACUUGGUGUGAAUACAUUCUGGGGGGACGAGCGGCUCCCAGGCUUUGAGUUGGUGGUCUACAAAAGGAACAUGGCCUUAGCUGGUAUCAAAGAGGCCCAAGGGAAGAUCAGGCCCUACCUGUAAGGAUGAAUGCUUGAAAGAAAUGGGGAUGGGGAUUAAACUUGAGUUGAUUUGGGGGGCGUCUGGCUCUGGUUCAAAGGCAGAACUUGGAACAAGGGAGUGGGAGGUCUCAGAGGCAGAUAUAAGGAAAAGCUUUGGAUGUAAGAACUGUCCCAGUGUGAGAAGGGCUCUCUCUUGGUUUGAUUAGCAUCCUCUCAAGGGUAAUUCACAAGCAGAGGUCAGAUAACCCCUUGCCGAGUGAGCUUUAGAGGGAUGGCAUGGCUGUGACUUCUAGACUCAUAAGAACACAGGAUAUCAGAACUAGGAAGGACCCUGGAGAUCACUGAAACCCGGGAACCUCAACCUUGGGUCUAGAAAUUUAUUUUUUAGGUUAUUUGAUAACUCUAUUUCACCAUCAUUAAUUUCCUUUGCAAUUCUAUGUCUUUAUUUUAUGCAUUUAGCAACAAGAUUCUAUCUACUGGCUCUACCAAACUAUCAUGGGGGUCCAGAAUGCAGAGAUUAAGGAUCCUUGUCAUAGAUCAAUCCCCUCAUUUUACAGUUGGAGAAACUAAGGACUACAGAGGGAAAAAGACUUGCCCAAAGAAACACAGAGUUCAAGGAAGAUCUGGCAUUUUUGCCCACGGAGACUCAGUUGUCUGCCCUCAUCCCACAGAGGUGGGCAUUUCCUCCAGAGAUGCUCACUGCGGCUCAUCCCUGCCCACCCAUGCUGGGUGAUACUUGUUCAUGUCAAUCGAUAAGCAUUUAUUAACCGCAUACUCUGUGCCAGGCCAUAAUAACCAUCAUCAUCAUAAUAGCUAACAUUUCUGCAGUGCUUACUCUGUGCUGAGCAUUUUACAAUGAUCUCCUCUAAUCCUCACAAGAGCCAGGGAGGUAAAGGUGCAUUUUACAGAUGAGUAAACCGAGGCAGGCAGCCAACAAUAAA